GGGGCACUUCGGGGAAAUACUGUAGGCAUAUAUUACCACUGCGCCGGUGCCACGAGGUCCAGCGACGAAAAUAUCACACCAUGGUGAUCACCUCCAGCGACAAGAUGCAUGAAGAAAAGAUUCAGCACGUCUCGGACAUUGGACCAGGUGCCGGACCAACCAAAGAGAUCGACCAUAUCGCCAUCAAGACCGAUACCUAUGCCAUCGACGAAGAUGCCUUGGGCCAAAACCUCCCUAAGCACUACUAUCGAAGCAUCGGCUUCAUUGGUACAUUUACUGCACUCUGCCUAGGCAAUAUCAGCAACUAUUUGGGGUUCGUCCUGCCGGUCAACUCGCUCGCCUUGAUCGAUGAAGACAUUGGGCCAUCUGCCAACAUCAACUGGGUUGCCCUUGCAUACACACUAGGCCUGUCUAUCGGCUUCCUCCUCGUGGGACGUCUCUCGGACAUCUUUGGACGAAGAUGGUUCUUCAUCGGUGGUAAUUGUUUUGCCUUGAUUGGAUCCAUCAUUGGCUCAAGUGCAACAUAUGUGGAUGAUCUUAUCGGGGCCAACCUCCUCAGCGGCCUGGCAGGUGCAGUCCAGAUCUCCUUUACAGUGGCCAUUGCGGAACUGGUCCCGAACAAGCACCGCCCACUCUGGGUCAUCGCAAUCUUUUUCUCCAGUUUCCAGAUUGCCUGUUUCGGACCGGUCAUCGCUCAAUCGCUGGUCGUGCACACAAAAGCAGGCUGGCGCUGGGCCUACUACCUGGAUGUGAUUGUGUCCGGCUCCGCAGUCAUUCUCUUUUUCUUCUUCUACCACCCUCCGACCUUCGAGCUUCUACACAAGAAUCGAUCCAAGAAAGAGCAGUUCCUACGACAAGACUUCGUUGGAUUCGUUCUGUUCACGGGAGGUCUGCUGCUGUUCAUCAUGGGACUAUCCUGGGGAGGAAGUGUGUAUCCCUGGAAGUCUGGUCACGUCAUCGGGACGAUUGUGGUUGGCUUUGUGUCGCUUGUGGCAUUCGUCCUCUACGAUGCGUAUGUACACCGCGGCGACACUCUACUGCCAAUUCACCUCUUCAAGUACAAGGGCUACCUUGCCAUGGUCGUCACUGCAAUGGUUGGUAGCUGCGUCUACUACUCCAUGAACGUGUUGUGGCCGGAGCAGAUUGCCUACUUGUUUACUGGCUCCGCCACGCACAAGGGAUGGCUUGCAUGUGUUUUGGGUUCGGCCACACUCAUCGGUCAAUGCCUCGGAGGUGUGCUGUGCAAGUACAUCAAACGGUCACGCUUCAUCCUGAUUGCCGGGUGUCUCAUGCUCCUGACAUUCUCGGCCUCGAUGGUAUCGGUCGGUGUGGGACAAGAGCAUAAAGGCAUUGGCUUGAUGUUCAUGGCUUGCUUCUCAAUUGGUAUCAUCGAAACCUGCUCGUUGGCCCUGGCUCCUUUGGCACUGCCUAGUGAAGACAUCGGUGCAGCUUUGGGUGCGCUAGGAAGUAUUAGAUCGGCGGGUGCAAGUGUCGCCGUGGCUAUCUACACAACCAUCUUGUCAAACAAGCUUACGCAAUUCACCGCCCCAGCAGUCGAGAAGGCAGCGCUAGCGGCAGGUCUUCCUAAGAGUAGCUUGCCUGCACUGCUCGAGGGGCUGGCACUCUCGAACUUCACGGCGGUUCCUGGAAUCAACACUAAAAUCACCGCCGCAAUCGGUGGUGCCGAGGCUUCCGCUGCCGCAGAGUCAUUCAAAUAUGUAUGGUAUGCUGUAAUUGCAUUCGCCUGUCUCGCUUGCGGGGCAGCUUGCUUGACGAUCGACUAUGGACAGUAUUUAACGGACGACGUGGCCCGAAAGAUGCAUGGAAAGACAGUGGGCGUCAAAGAAGAUGGCCAUCACCAGGAUGAUGUCCAGCUGGCAUAGAAAUAUAGCAUGAGGUGUUCUUGUGUGCGUUAUAGAUCUUGGG